AUGGGCACCUGGACCUCUUCGCACGCCAGAAAACCAUGGGCAGAGCCGCAAGCUUUCGUCAGCGAACUGUCCUUCAUGGCCCCUUUAGUCAGUCGGCAAGAACAUAUCAUCCCAGACGUAGUGGCUGCUAUACUUGAGCAGUUCUCCGCGGAGCUCCUUGAGGUCAUGUCGGCUACGAAGCUCCCACCAAAGACAUAA